CUUUUAUGAACUGUUUUGAAUGUUCAAUGAAGGAGUAUAAUACCCAGGGAACAAACAUACAGUGAAAUUUUUUUCUCUUAUCCAAGUUUCCACAAUGAAAUGGAUCCUCGAGAUCCUCUUCCUUUUGGCUUUGAUUACAAUAUCAAGCGGUAACAUUGAGGAACAGCCUAUGCCAAGUAUACUAUGCGACUGUUUCUCUCGAAACAAGUGUGACGUCACUAAGGAAAAGGCAGACACUAUUCACUUCAAAUGCAUCAAUUAUUACCUUGCACAUACGUACAAGGACAGGUGGUACAGGAAUAUUUCUGGGGAAGCCUUGAACUAUGUAUUGUCGCUCGAAAGGGAGGCAAAUCAAGUCAUUGAGUCCACCAGAAAGAAGCGACAAGCAGAUAACAAUUUGAUCCAUGGCAUACGUAAGGAGUUGCGCACUCUUAGUCGCGAGGAGAGGACUCGUUUUUACGCUGCAGUAAACAGCCUCAAAAACAACAGAAUUGGUAACACAAAUUCAUACGAAGCAAUUGCAAGUCUUCACAACAACAAUGCUUUAAAUGCGGCUCAUUUUGGUGUCGCGUUUCCAUCUUGGCAUAGAUAUUUUCUAUACUUAUUCGAACAAGCACUACAACGAUUCGAUCGAACGGUUACUCUGCCCUAUAUCGACACCACAAUGGAAAACAGUCUACCGAAUCCAUGGAUGUCCAAUUUAUGGUCUGCUGAGGGUAUUGGUAAUAUUGAUGGGGGCCAGGUUAAUGUGGGACCAUUUGCGUAUUGGCGAUAUCAAACAGAGGACCAACGGUAUGUCCCACUCACAAGAAAUGGCGGGUCAGGAAGAGACUACUUCCCGGCAGAUUGUUAUAGAAACAUAAUAAGUGAAAGCAGAAACUAUAGAAUAUUGGAACCAAUUGCUGCUAGUAUUCACAACUUAGAGGCGUGUCAUAAUUUUGCGCACGCCACUAUAGGCGGCACGAUGAAUGAUAUUGAUGUUUCCCCAAAUGAUCCGGUAUUUUACUUACAUCACUGUUACGUAGACAAAGUUUGGCAAGAUUUCAGAGACAAUGCCAGAUCUGUUCUAGGUGAUAGUUACGAAUUCGAUUAUCCAGUUACUGCUGACGAAUUCCAUAAGCCGAAUCGGGCAAUGGGUAAUUUAAAUCAAAUAACAAAUACAAUGGGAUAUCUUAAAGUUUUCGAUGAAAGAAUAACCCGUUAUGCGCCAUCUCCGGGAGAAAUCACUUGCACAACAAACGCUGACUGCCAAGCUCCUCAAUUUUUGAGAUGCUCAUCUGGACGUUGUAUACCAAUUUUGCGUGGUUCGUCAUCACCCGUUGGUAGAAGAAAAAAGCGUGACGUAGAAAACGAAGACGUCGAGUAUAAAUCCGUUAUGGACAGUUCAUAUCAGAACAAUUUUGUUAUCGAUGGAGAAGCUGAUGUAAAUCAAUGGGCCUUCAUUCCAGUAACUUUGAUGUAUAUCAGACCGAUGGGACAACAUUUCGGAUGCAGCCCUGUCCGAAAUGGUAGUAUAGAUGACAACUAUGAUAUCUAUUCAAACGACAAAACUUCAAAGCUAUGGGAUUAUUUUAAACCAGGAGUAGACAAAAGACGGGUUUCCGAUUCUCAAUCUGGAGCAACCAAGUUUUUCGUACAAUCUGAUGGUAUAUCAUACAAAGGUAGAUACAUAGAUUAUGGGAUUAUCGACACUAGGCAGAUGGUAUAUGAAACAGUCGCUUAUGUCGGUGUAAAAAAUCCUCGAGGUGGAGCUGCGACGGCUUAUCUGAGCGUUUAUGAUCUUCACGGCCAUGUCUGUCAGCCACGUUGUAUAGACAGAUCGUCCAAAACACUUUUUUAUAAAAAGUGUUCCGGUGUUAUCAAAGUGACGAAAGAAGAGCCCCAAAUGUAUGGUGACGACGUUGCUGAAGCUGUCAGGUACAGAUAUACGUAUAAAACUUUGACGGAAACAAACCUACAAGUAAUUACCGAGAUAUAUUUCUUCAAUUCGUUUGUGAGUAUGGAGCGGAGUACCCAUGGAACGACUGUGGUAGCGUUUAAAUUCAUCUAAAUGUAAAUUCUGAAAGAUCAAUAUCAAUAAAUGAAAAUAACUGUUA